UUGAAGGACAGCGGGCGCAGUGAUGAUGCGCAAAUAAACGCACUGUACGCGAUUGCAAACGAGAUGGCGCACGCUGUGAACAUGAUCUCGAUUCAAGGUGUCGCUGAAGGCCCGGGCGUUGAAGAACGAGUAAAACACACACAAGAUUUCCUACAGCAACUUUUGUCGGACGUCGACAUCAAACUUGAGAUCGAAGAAAAGCAAAACGCCGAGGCUCUGCGUGUGGUAUUGCGAGUGCACGCGUAUGGUCGUGCCAUGAAAAUUAUCGAGGAUCACAUGCUAGAAUAUGCGCGCGCUGAACAAGUGGAGGAGCUGGCCGUGCUCGGACAAGAAUCUGCGGCACUGUUAGAAGAACAAAACCUCCUUUCCAUGGGUUUUGGCGUCAAGGAGCUGAAUAUGUCGAUACUGGCAAUCGACGCGGAGCAUUUCACUGUGCACCUAGAGAAAGCUACUUCCCUGGACGAAGUCGGCAGUGCUGUGGCCAUUCUCAACGCCGUCAAUUCCAUUGCAGUCCGUCAUCUCGAGUGGAGAGAUGCGAGCGUUGCAACUUUUAGCCACCUUGAAACCGAAGAGUCCAUUGGUAUUGAAGUCAAAAUCAACAGGGACGUACUAUAUUCUGCUGCGAUGCUUCUGAAAGAUCACGAAUCCCAGCUGAACCAAGAACUGGCGAGGCGCGCGCGCGAAUGGAAGCUUCUGUUUAAGAAUUUUGGAAAAGUGAAAUUCAACCAGACGCUUGAAGAAAUGGUUCAGGUGGAGCUCACCUCGCCUGAAGGCGCGGACGCUGAUUUAACACGCCGUGCUAAAAAAUUUGUGGAUUGGUGCGUGGAAUCUUCACAGCAGCUGAGCCGAGGGGAGUUUAACCAGCGUCUUCCUGGGAUUACGGAAACGGCAUAUAUCAGCCUAAAAUCCCUCGCACAGAAGUCUGCCAGUUCGCUCGUUAAGAUCGCACAAAAAACAGCUGCAUCGAGGCGUAGCAAAACAAAGACGUCAAUAUUCGGGUUUGCGCGCUAA